AUGCGUGCGAUCAGUUUCGAAGAGCCUUCCGUCGCCGGGAGGGGUCGGCGGAUGUUGGAGCUGCAGGUGCGAGGAGGAGGUGCGCCACCCCAGUCGCAUUGGGAGCUCAAGUGGAGGCGGCUGCUCACAGCGGACAGAGCGGUUCCCAGAGACUUCGAAGAUUUUGACCGCACUGUGCGCGGCAUGCUGAACCGGAUCAGCAGAGAGAAUGCCUUCCGCAUCCUGCCGCUCGACCCGGGCCUCCUGGCUGAGGCUCCGGCCUGGUUCCACGCGAGGCUCGCGGCGCUGAUGCUGAACUCGUACCUGCAGGUGAUCCACACCAGCAGGCACGCCAGGGGCCUCGCCGUGCGCAGCGGCGACAACGUGCUUCCUGGCUACCUGGACGCCGUGUCGCCGCUGCUCUCGAGCAGCCCCCCGCUGGUCACGGCGCUCACGGCCUGGCUGGCCAGGCUGCUGCGGUGGCACGACCUGUGCUGGCCCUGCGCCCGGCUGCUCCUCCUGGCGGCCCGGGAGGGGCGCGGGCGCGACUCGCUGCCGGGGCACUCGCUCGGGCGCCUGCCGGCCGACCUCAUCCAGGGGCGCCUGCUGAGCUUCCUGCUGCCGCCGCGGGCGCCGGCCAUCCAGGGGCUGGUCGACGAGGCGGUCGCGCCGAACCUCCAGCUCGGCGGGAGCGAGGGCAGGGACGUCGUGGCCCUCCUGGCGCACUUCAUCAUGUUCUCGCCGCUCGCCGUCUGGCCCCGAGUCUCGGCCUUCGGCUUCGCCCUGGUGGAGGCCGUGCUGCUGAACCUCGACUCCUGCCAGGAGCGGGAGGUGUACACCGCCGCCUCGGUGCUGGCCACGCUCGCUCAGAGGGUCGAGGCGGGGCUGGGCGCCGCGGGCUCUCCGGAGUUUGCCCGGCUCUGCCGCGAGGACGUUCGGCUGAUCAGGCGGCUGGCCGACCGGCUGCGCGAGAGCCGGGGCGACGAGGAGUCCGGCAGCGCCCAGGGUGUCCCGGCCGUGUCCUCGUUCGUCAGCUGCCGGGUGGAGGCCGCGCUGGAGAAGACCAGCCGUGUCCACGCCAAGGCCUUGCGCUCGAUGGAGCCUUUGGCAGCGUGA